AUGGAGCUCCAGAAGAGAUCAUUAACGUUCCUUCUUAAUAAGAAGGUUCCUCCAAUUCCUGAAGAAGAUGAGAGGAAAGAGCUUCCGGAGAUUAGAGCUAACUUCUUUUCCAAGGUUUUCUUCUGGUGGUUCGUCCCCAUUAUGAACUCCGGAUACAAAAGAACUUUAGCACCCGAAGAUUUAUUUUACUUAAAUGAUGAAUAUAAAGUUAAAACUAUCACUGAUAAGUUCAACGGAUAUUUUGAAUAUUACUUAUUAAAACAUCAACAGAAACAUAUCGAUCAAAAGAUUAAAAAUGGAGCUACAGGUGAAGAAGAUGACCUUUUGAAAGAUUUCAAAGUUCCUAAAUCAAUGGUUUUAUGGUGUUUUUUCCUUACUUUUAAAGUCAGAUAUACUUUGGCUUGUAUAUUUGUAUUCUUAGCUAAUAUGUUUCAAUGUUUAACUCCAUUGUUAACCAAAAAAUUGAUCACUUUUGUUGAAGAAAGAGUUUUAGGGCUUACUGAAGAAGUAGGUAAAGGUGUUGGUUAUGCUAUUGGAUCAGUUGCCAUGGUAUAUUUUGCAGGUCUUUGUAUAAAUCAUGGAUUCUAUAGAGCUAUGUUUGUUGGUGCCGAGAUUAGAGCUCUUUUAACUAAAGCUAUCUUAGAUAAAUCAUUCAAAUUGAAUGCUAAAUCAAGACAUGAUUAUCCUACUUCUAAGAUUACUUCAAUGAUGGGUACUGAUGCUUCUAGAAUUGAUUUUGCUGCAGGUUUCCAACCUUUCUUAUUAACUUUCAUUGCUCCUUUUGUUACAAUCAUUGUUAUAUUGAUUGUUAAUAUUGGAGUAUCAGCAUUAGUUGGUAUUGCUUUAUUGAUUGUUUUCCUUGUUGUCGUUGGUUUGGCUUCCAAGAAAUUGUUUGCUAUGAGAGCUAAAGCUACCAAAUUCACUGAUUUAAGAGUCGAUUAUAUUAAAGAAGUUUUAAAUAAUUUGAAAGUGAUUAAAUUUUAUAGUUGGGAAGAAGCUUAUCAUAAGAAUAUUUCUGAUGUUAGAAGUAAAGAAAUGGGGAUCAUCUUCUUUAUUCAAAGUAUUAGAAAUAUCAUUAUUUCUGCCACUUUAAAUUUAUCUAUUUUAGCUUCAAUGGCAGCUUUCUUAGUACUUUAUGCUUUAGGUUCAAGUAAACGUAAUGCUGCUAAUAUUUUUUCAUCAUUAUCAUUAUUUAAUGUUUUCACAUCAUUGGUUUUCAUGGUUCCUAUGGCUUUAGCUUCAUUAUCAGAUGCUUUAAUUGGUAUUGAUAGAAUUGGUAAUUUCUUAGCUGCUGAAGAACUUCAAGAAAAUGAAGGUUUGGUUGAAGCUAAUAAUGAAAUUGUUGAUUCUAUGGAUACCGAAGGUUUAGCUAUCAAGAUUAAUAAAGCUACUUUUGAAUGGGAAACUUUCGAACAAGAUGAUGACAAAAUUAUGAAUGAAAAGGAUGAAAAAUCUAAAAAAUCUAAAAAAGUUGAAGAAAAAAUCACUGAAAAAGUUGUUGAUACUUCCGAUUCUUCUACUUUAGAUGCUGAAGCAUUCCCUGGUUUGAAUAAUAUUGAUUUUAAUAUUAAAAAGGGAGAAUUUGUGGUUAUUACUGGAUUGAUUGGAUCAGGGAAAUCAUCACUUUUAAAUGCUGUUUCAGGUUUCAUGAAAAGAACUGAAGGUACAGUUGAUAUCAAUGGUUCAAUGGUUUUAUGUGGUCAACCUUGGAUUCAAAAUACUACCGUUAAAGAAAAUAUUCUUUUCGGAUCAGAAUUUGAUGAUGCUAAAUAUAAAGAAAUUAUCUAUUGUUGUUCAUUAGAAAGUGAUUUAGAAAUCUUACCUGCUGGUGAUAGAACUGAAAUCGGUGAAAGAGGUAUCACUUUAUCUGGAGGACAAAAAGCUCGUAUUAAUUUGGCUCGUUCAGUUUAUGCUGAUAAAGAUAUUAUCUUAUUAGAUGAUGUUUUAAGUGCUGUUGAUGCAAGAGUUGGUAAACAUAUUAUGGAAAGUUGUAUUUUAGGACUUUUAAAAGACAAAACCAGAAUUUUGGCUACUCAUCAAUUAUCAUUAAUUGGAGCUGCUGACAGAAUCAUCUUUUUAAAUGGUGAUGGAUCAGUUUCUGUAGGAUCUUUUGAAGAAUUAGAUAAAUCAAAUGAAGGAUUUAAAAAAUUAAUGGCUUUCAAUUCUCAAAAAACUACUGAAGAUGAAGAAGAAGAUGAAGAAGAAUUUGAAGAUGAAGAAGAAAAGGAAGAAGAAAAAGAAUUCAUUCAACGUCAAGUUACUCGUUCAACUAUCAAAACUUCUAAAACUUUAGAUGCUUUAGAUGAAGAAGCUUUACAUAAAGAUUAUAAUCUUGAUGAAACUGCUAAUGGUAGAAUUACUGAAGAUGAAUCAAGAGCUACUGAUGGAGUUGGGUUUGGAGUUUAUCUUAAAUAUUUCAAACUUGGUGAAGGAGUGUUCAAAUUCCGUUCAAAUAUCUUUUUAAUUAUAUUGACAGCUUCUAUUGGUACUUUCUGUACUUUAUUCACCAACACUUGGUUAUCAUUCUGGACAGAAUAUAAAUUUGAAGGUAAAACUAAUGGAUUCUAUAUUGGAAUUUAUGUUAUGUUUACUAUCUUAUCAUUCAUUUUUGUCACAUUACAAUUCACUGUUUUAGGUUAUUCUACCAAUCAAGCUUCCAAACAAUUAAACCUUUUAGCUAUUGAAAAAGUUUUAUAUUCUCCAAUGGCUUUCUUAGAUACUACACCAAUGGGAAGAAUUUUAAAUAGAUUCACUAAAGAUACUGAUGUUUUAGAUAAUGAAUUGGGUGAUCAAUUAAGAUUCUUUAGUUUCGUUGUAGCUAAUGUUAUUGGGGUUUUGAUUUUAUGUAUUAUUUAUUUACCAUGGUUUGCUAUUGCUAUUCCACCAGUUGCCAUAAUAUUCUAUUUAAUUGCUGAAUAUUAUCAAAGUUCUGCUCGUGAAGUUAAAAGAAUUGAAUCAAUUCAAAGAUCUUUUGUUUAUAAUAAUUUCAAUGAAACUUUAGUUGGUAUGAAUACUAUUAAAGCUUAUAGAGCUGAAGAUAGAUUUUUAACUAAAAACGAAUAUAAUAUUGAUCGUAUGAAUGAAGCUUAUUAUUUAACUAUUGCUGCUCAACGUUGGGUUGGUAUUACUUUAGAAUUAUUAUCAUGUCUUUUACCAUUAAUUGUUACGUUAUUAGCAGUAUUUAGAGUUUUCCAUAUCUCAGCUUCAUCAACUGGUUUAGUUGUUUCAUAUAUUUUAAAUAUUUCCGGUCAAGUUGCUUUCUUUAUUAGAAUUUAUACUCAAGUUGAAAAUGGAAUGAAUUCUACUGAAAGAUUAUUUGAUUUUGCUUAUGAUUUAAAACAAGAAGCUCCUUAUAAAAUUGAAGCCAAUAAACCUGAUGAUUCAUGGCCUCAAAAAGGUGGUAUUGAAUUUAAUAAUGCUUCUUUAGCUUAUAGACCAGGAUUACCUCUUGUUUUAAAAAAUCUUGAUUUUAAUGUUAAACCUCAAGAAAAAAUUGGUAUAUGUGGUAGAACUGGUGCUGGGAAAUCUUCUAUUAUGACAGCUUUAUAUAGAUUAUCAGAAUUAGAUGAUGGUAACAUUAAAAUUGAUGGAGUUGAUAUUUCCAACUUAGGUUUAAAAGAUUUAAGAUCAAAAUUAUCUAUUAUUCCUCAAGAUCCUGUUUUAUUUAGAGGUUCUAUUAGGAAAAACUUAGAUCCUUUUAAUCAACAAACUGAUGCUAAAUUAUGGGAUGCUUUAAGAAGAUCAGGAUUAAUUGAAGCUUCAAAAUUAGAAGCUGUUUCUAAACAAUCUAAAGAUGAUGAAAAUUUACAUAAAUUUCAUUUAGAACAAUCAGUUGAAGAUGAUGGUUCUAAUUUCUCGUUAGGUGAAAGACAAUUAAUUGCUUUAGCUAGAGCUUUAGUACGAGAUUCGAAAAUUUUAAUUCUAGAUGAAGCAACUUCAUCAGUUGAUUAUGAAACUGAUGCUAAGAUUCAACAAACUAUUGUUAAUGAAUUUGGUAAUUGUACUAUCUUAUGUAUAGCUCAUAGAUUGAAGACUAUCAUAGAUUAUGAUAAAAUUUUAGUAUUAGAUAAAGGAGAAUUAAAAGAAUUCGAUACUCCUUGGAAUUUAUUCAAUACUAAAGAUAGUAUUUUCCAACAGAUGUGUCUUAGAUCAAAGAUCCAAGCUGAUGAUUUCGAAAGAAGGGAUUAA